AUGGAUCGUCAUGAAGCUGUUCCAACACGCCGACACCGGCCCGCGUCUGUGGACUACAGGGACCCAAAACAGCGAUAUGUAGAUACCUGGGCUGGUUCAUUUGAUACUCAGUUGUAUGGUGACGAUCUUCAGGCGCUGUGUCAUAAUACACGUAUCAACAAGGAACAUUUAAAGGAGUCAAUGAACAUAAAAGGACCUAGGAUGAAAUACGUCAUGCAGACAAACGAGGCAAUACCGGUUACAAAAGGUGCUAAAGAUUCCGCAGUUCGUACUGCUUGGCAUGACACCAAUGUAAUGUUUACCACUCCUGUCGUGUUGGACAAUUUGAAAAAGCCAGGAUUAAUCACAGACGAUUUUGAUAAUGAGUCUGUGAUAUCACGCAGCAAUGAAGCAAAAUAUGUCAACAAAUUUUGUUAUUUUUGUUCAACAAUGGAGGAACAUGAGCGACACAUGUUGCUUCAGAGGAAGAAACGCCCAGUGACAGCACGUCCUAAGAUAGAAUAUAUUGCUCCUCGUCCAAGGGUGAAGAAGAAGAAUGAGGAAGAAGAAAGGAUUCCUGUUCAUGAAAAUCUAUAUAAAGUUGAUAUAUACACAGGAGAUAUUGAUUUAGCUGGAACUACAGCUAAUGUAUCCAUUACUAUUGUCGGAGACAAAGAGGUUUUGGACAAAACUAAACUGACAAAAGGUCGAGGGUCGUCCAAUUUCUGCUUCAUAAGAAACACUAAGGAAACGUUCUAUCUAAAGGGACCUCGGUUAGGAGUUUUACGUAUGGUCACUAUUGAGCAUGAUGGUUUGGAGAAAAAACAUUCAUGGUAUCUAGAGAAAAUCAAUGUCACUGACAUGAAAACUGGACAAAUGUGGACAUUCUUCUGUCAAAAAUGGUUAUCUAUACACAUCCCAGACUACUGUAUUAAACGGGAUCUGAUGGGAGAGGUGAAACAGAUUCCACAGGAAGAGUAUGUUAUAACAGUAACCACGGGGAAGAAAAUGAUGUCCGGAACAGAUGCCAACAUAUUUGUUACACUAUAUGGGUCGGAGGGAGAGAGCAAGAAAAUCCUUCUGGUGGACAAAACUUCAGGGAAGAAGGCAUUUGAGAAAGGAAAGACUGAUGUCUUCGCAGUUGCCGUGCCAUCUUUAGGAGAUUUAAGAAAACUCAGGAUUGAGCAUGAUGACAAAGGAUUUGCAUCAAGUUGGUAUCUCAGCAAUAUUGAAGUUUACCUCAACUCUAAUAGAUCUCAGAGGUACUAUUUUAUAUACAACGGCUGGAUUGGUAAAGAUGUUGGAGAUGGAAAACUCUACCGUGAUAUCAAGGCACAGAAAUUUCUUCCAAAGGAACUUACUUCUGAUGAAAAAGGGGCGCGCACCACGUACCAGAUAACAGUGAAAACUGGGGACGUCAGAUAUGCAGGGACAGAUGCAAAUGUCUUUGUCAAGAUCUAUGGUGAAAAGGGAGUUACCAAGAAACUCAUGUUAGACGACUCAAAGAAUAAUUUUGAAAGGAACAUGACCGACGAUUUCACAAUGGAGACAGUUGAUGUAGGCAGUAUGUCAAAGAUCUUGGUUGGCCAUGACAAUGCAGGAGUAGGGGCUGGCUGGUUCUUGGACAAUAUAAAGAUAACUCGUCAAAUUCAUAGAGCAGAGCAGGAGAAAUACCUGAAAAAGGUGAAACUAGAAAUGAAGAAACGACAACUGAAAAAGAAACAAAUCGAAAAAGACUCCUUAGAAGAUAGCACAAAGAGCAUAGGAAACCGUCCACAAAGUGCUCUGAGGAGAGGUUCUAAAGAGGAUCUAGUUUCACUAGGCAAAAGCUCAAAAAGAAGGAGUUCCUCUCAGAAUAGAAGUGCUUCCACGGAUGGGAGAAGGAAAAACAAGAAAGAUUCAGAGUCGUCUAGUUCUGACUCAUCAGACUCUUCCAGUGAAGAGGAUUCAGAUGAUGAAACCGAGAAAAGAAGGAAAGAUGGUAAAGGAAAGAAAGGCAAAAAGGGGAAACAAAAAGAAAAGGAAUUGGUAUUUAAAGUACCGCUAUAUGAGACAUGUCAGUUUGUUUGUAAGAAAUGGCUGGCACAGGAUGAAGGAGAUGGAUUGUUUGAAAGAGAGUUAGAGGUCAAAAAUAAAGAAAUUUUUUAUAAAGACACUUAA